AAUGGCUUAUAUUAAUCACACUUAUGUUUCAGAGCACUGGCAAUUUUGCUUGAAAAUGGCAGAAAGAAAUGCAGCAAAGACAAAAGAUAACUCAAAGCUGAAAGCAAAAAUCAGAAAACUUGAACUGGAGAAUCGGGAGUUGGAGAAGGAGCGUGAUGAAGAGUCUAAUAAAUCCAGGUCUUACUCUGAAUUCCUGGAAGGUAUUGUGGUGCAGAUUAAUCAUAAAAGGAAACGGAUGGGGACCAGAACCAGUGGUGGAGUUGAACCUCUGGAGAAAAAGAUUAAACAAGAAUUCUUCCCAGAGGAGUAUGUUGAAGAUAUGAAGGAUGAGGAUAUAAAAAGAGAAAGUGGAAACAUAUUGGACGAAUCUGAACACUUAGUAAAUGUUCUAAUACCAGAUGCCAUUGCUGAUGAUGAAAACAAUCCAAGAAUCCAAGAACAAUCUGAAGAACAAGACUCCAAUGAAAAACUGAAAACUAUGGAAAAGAUCACAGAGCUGAAACUAGAAAACUCUGUUAUCUCAGAAAGCAAUAAGAGACUAUUGAAGGAAAAGGAUGAACAAACAGCAUUUGUUGAUUCCAUCAAGAAUAAGCUUAAAGAAUUCUCAUCAAAUCUACCAAUUCCUACAGCUGAGGAGGGGAGUUCAGGAGGAGCAGGAGAUGAUGGUGUUAUCACCCAGCUCACCAACUUGAUCAACCAGAACCAGGACUUGAAGCAGAAUGUAAGGGACUUAACACAGUUAGUUCAGGGCUUGGAGAAAGAUAAACUGAAAUAUUCAAACGAGAUUGCAAAACUAAAUGAUGAGCUAGCGGCCACCAAGAAGGAUAUUGACGAAAUAAACAACAAAUAUGAAGAAUUAAAUUUGAAGAACAAAAAUGAAGAGCUAAGGAGCAGUCAAUUAAAUAAACUUCUCAAUUCUAAUACAGAAAAAAAUAUCUCCUUAGGUAAAACUAAAGAAAUGCUUGAAAGUAGGAGAGACAGUCUCAAGCUUGUCCUAGCUACCACAAAAAAGAAUGUUGAGAAAUUAAAUGAAGAUGAAACAAUUGAAAAUUUGACAAAGGAAGAAGAAAGCCUGCAGAAUUUGAAGGGAAACAGUUGUGAAGACAUAUUAGCUGAAAUUGAUAAAGGUUUAAAUGAACACAGGACAUCAUGUAAUCUUCAAAAACAAAAACUAAGAAAUGCUGAAAAUGAAUUAUGGUGUUUAAGAGAAUCAAAUAAUAUGCUGAAAAAUGAAAUAUCCAGAAUGGAGGAGGAAAAUGAAGAGAAUGAAGAUGAUUACGAAGAUGAGUAUGAUCUCACCAUAGAAAAUCUGAAAAGAAGUAAUAGUGACCUGAUAAAUCAACUGAAUAAUUUUGCAAACUUUUGUGCUCAAAAAGAUGCUGAAAUCAAGGACCUACGUACCAGAUUGAAAAACUUUAAACGAAAAUACUUCAGAAGAUUUCAGCCCCAUUGGACCAACUGACUGUUCUUUUCAACCCUGUUCACCCAGAUUUACUUGGAUUGAAGUUUUAGUCUGCAAAGAAGGAGGUUGAAAAAAUAAAUACCCAAACCAAGUUUUUCUCUUUUUUUCUAAUGUUUAUUGAUGUUCUAAAAUGUCAAUUUAUGCAUUUUUAUUAAAUCUAAAUCCAAAACCUUUCAUUAGAUACAAUUACAAAUCAUUUUCAUUCCCAGCUUUAACUUGAAUGGGUUUAUAGUUGCUGACUGCUGUGGAGUUUCCAUUUUUUGACAUUUGACAUAUUUUUCAAGACUUCAACAUCUAAAUCUUAAAAUUCCAUCUUAACCCAAGAAAGAUACUUGUGAGUUUCUGAUUACUUGACUUGCAAAAAAUUAUGCUGGUCUGAGGGUUAAAUUAUAAUACUUUAAAAAGUAAGCCUCUAUAAUUAGAACCAUUUCCAUUCAUUGGAUUUCAAAAUUUAAAAACUUUUUUCUUAGAAGCUGAUCUAAAAAGAAAGCAAAUUUUAGACAGGAAUGUCCAAUUUUUUUGGCAAACGCACAAUUUGUUUUUGCACAUUUUUAGGAUUUCUCGAUGCGAAUGGCAAGGCCAGUGGGUUUUCAAAAAUGUGAUAUUUGUCAUAAAUUAUGCCUGAGGAAUCGCAACUUAGAAAAAGAGGGAUGGGGGUCGGGGGAGUCCUAUGGCCACUCACCCUAACCCACAGGAUGUUUUGUGAAAAUAGAUGGAGUCAAGAAAAGAGAAACGUAAUUGGUGUAAAGUCUCAAAAUAGAUAAUUUAUAGGAAUCCCUCGCAGGGAUUUUUAAAAUUCCAUAUUAAAAUAGAUUUUUCAAAUAAAUGAACCUAUUAUUUCCUUAUCAUGGCAUGGAUAUCAAAUGACCGUUAAGAAAUUUUAAGAUGAAUGGUUUACUUUUUUAAUGUUAUU